UCCUCCUCGACGACUUUCGGUGCGUUCCCAGUUCAGUUCCCAACUUUUUUUUGACAUUCAUUCACGUUGCCGUUGCUGUUGUCUAAUGUUGUGAUUUGUGAUGCGUUACCGGGACUAUUGAUGUAUUGGCCCGUAUUGUGUUGGAAGAUGCAAGAUAUCGAGUCAUCGCCCAAGAGUGUGAACAACGAGAUGUCGCCGUACACGAAGUACGACAGUCCGAUGUCGUCGCGGUCGCCGAGUCCCGCUCUCGAAACGGGACAGGACAAGUACAUGUCGGAGGACGAGAUCAGUGUCGGGUGUCCCAGUCCGGCGGUGCGGUCCCGCGAGCCCAGUCCCGCAUACAACAAGUGCCGGUGUCCCGAGCCGGAGGCGGACGAGUACUUCAAGCCGCUGAAGAAGCUCAAGAUGGUCGAAACCGACAGGAGAAUAUCACCCACCGUCGAGGUGGUCGAGGAACGGUCGGACGGCGUCAAGAGUUUCUCCAUCAUGGACAUAUUGAACCACAAACCGGCGAAAAGCCAGUGCAGUAGGAUAGUGCGCCCGUGGGACAUUGAUCCGGAGAUGGAGGCGCACCAGCAACGGCUGGAGAACUUCCAAAGACACCUGAAGGUGCAGCAGCUCGCGUUGCUUAGGCCCGAAUUCGCCGCGUUCAAUGCCAGCUACACGUCGGAAACGGGAAGUGACCGGUCGUCUAGUGUGGCCAGCGACUGUUGCAGUCCGGACAUCGUGCCGACGGCCCAGAGACAGAGGCAGCAGGGCAAACAGCCCGGCGCCACACCUCUAGAUGCCCUCUUCCAGAUGACCUCCAAGACGUUCGAUUCAUCCGCCGGCGAGUCCAGUGCAGGUGAGGAUGGCCAGAACCCCUUGAACCUGUUCAACUCGCGCCAGCAGCCGAAGAAGAAGCGAAAAUCGCGAACGGCCUUCACCAAUCACCAAAUCUUCGAGCUGGAGAAACGGUUCCUGUACCAAAAGUACCUGAGCCCCGCCGACAGGGACGAGAUCGCGUCCAGCCUCGGACUGACGAAUGCACAGGUGAUAACGUGGUUCCAGAACCGCAGGGCAAAGUUGAAGCGCGACAUGGAGGAGCUGAAGAAGGACGUGGAAAGUGCGAAACUGUUGACCGCGCACAAGAGCUUUCUCGAGAACGUGCAGGACCUGGGCAUGCUGAAGAAGAAGCCGAUGAUCAGCGAGGACGAUUGUCCGAAGAAUUUGGUGAUAACGCAGGAGAAAUAGGUUACGUCGUCUUUCGUUUCCGCGGUUCGAACAGUCACACAAACAUUCAGAAUGUUUUAAAUUUUGAAUUUGGAACGAUAAGAAAGAAGGUGAUAAAUGUAGGAUAAUUGUGUUUUGACUAUUUUUCUCGAGUUUCAGUACAAGGCUGUGACCAACUUCGUCAAAAGCGCCAUUUUCACUCACGUUUUGAUUCAAAUACAAGUUCGAGUUUGAUUAAAGUAGUCAAUUUAGAAUCUCAUUUUUUGUACAAAUGCUUAGUGCGAUUUUUUUUUGUUGUAAAAUAUUUCCGCCAUAGAAAAUUCGUACAUAUAUUAUUUGUAAAGUUGUUAAUGUUUUUUGUACAUAGUGUAAAUAAUAACCUAGUGUGUCUUGUAAAAGUUGUAAUAUAUUCGUGAAAAAAUUUUAAUAUUAAUUAUUUAUUAUUUCAUUUUGCGUCUGUCCGACGGGUAUUUGCAAUAUUUUAAUAUACUGUAUUAUAUACAAAGCUUUAGUACUUAAAAUUGUCCUUAGAGUCAAUGUGAAUGAGUAAAACAUAUUCAAAAAUU